AUGCACCACCACGCCUCCCUGCUCGCCAUUGCGCCCCUCGUCCUGCUCGCGCGCGCCGACAUGGACUUUGACCUCAAUGACGCCCCACGCGCCUGUCAGGAUAUUUGCCGCCCCAUUGCCGACCUGUCCCGUAGUUGCGAGGUCGACCUCCCCGGCGACGACAAUGAUCGCGAGGAGGACCAGCUCGAGGCGCAGUGCUUCUGCUCCAAUGACAGCUUUGAGGUCAAUUCUGUUGCUGCGCAGUGCCAGGACUGCGUGAGACAGGAGCGCGAGAGCAGCAGGAACAACAACAAUGACGACGGUGACGAUACAGACGACGACGACGACGACGAUGAUGAUGAUGACGAUGACUACGAUGACGCCUGGGAGGACAUCAACGCCAUUGUGCGUACUUGUGGCUUCUCGUCCACCAGCUACAUGGCCUCUGCCACCGAGACUGUUGCCGCCAUCACCGUGACGGCGACGCGUCCCACGGAUACCGCGCAGCUUACUACCACGUUCACAGCUGCCCGCGAGACUGGGCAGUCCAACGACGACAAUAGUGACAACAACAACGACGACAGUGAUGACAAUAACGACGAUGACGACGGCGGCAACGCAGCCAGCGCCCUUGCGCCCUGGUGGAUGGCGGGUGCCAUUGUGGCUGGUGCUGUCGCUAUGAUGGCUUGA